AUGCAUUCUAGAGAAGAUAAUCUUUAUAGAAUGCAAGAAAGAAUAAUCGUGGAAUAUUUGGACAGAAUUAUCGGUUUUAAGUCUUGUAACCAAGAAGUCUGCCCAAUGAUCAGAGAGAGACUGGAUGAGCACCGUGAAGAACAUCACAAGAUGAAAACAAUCUCUAAAUCUUCGAACACACACAGACGUGAAUCACUUUAUGAUAUGAGUUCACAAACUGUUGAGGGGAGAUCUAAAGGUUUCCACAUCGCCGUCCUAAAUACUACUUCAAACAUCCCAAGAUCGAGAAACAGUGUUCAUAAUCAGGUUUCUACAUUUAAAAAUAUUAAUCGUAAAACACAUAACAAUGUAGGUACUGAUGUUAGUAAUAAUACUGCCACUAAUACACCUAUAAGACAAACGGACACUUGGGAUGUAAUUGCACCAAGAAAUAAUUAUAAAGAUGCUUUGAAAAGCGUUAUAAUGAAAUGGCUGCAAGAAAUACCAAUAUAUCCAAAUUUCGAUCCGUCAACGAAAGAAAUGAGAGACAACAUGGUUAAUAAUUUAUUAAAUAAGAUAUAUAGCCAGUCCGUCGAUGUUAAUUGUGAAACGUAUGAUGAGAAAAUUAAAAGGAAUAUAAAUAUUUUUCUAAAUAACCUACCAAUGUGGCAUCCAGGAGCGAAACGCGAUCAAGAAUUAUUUGUUAAAGGAUUAACAGAAAAUCUACUUGAAAAAAUUAAAUAUUUAAAUAAUGAAUCACUUAAUAAAGUUAGUGAUCAUUUUAAUAACAAUCAUAAUAACUCAAAUGGUGUUCAUAAAAAAGAUUAUUUAAAUAUCAGACGUAGUAACGAUGUAUGUAUAGAUAAAAAUGAUCAUUUUAUAAUUGCUGAAAUUGAUGAUUGGCUUUUAAAAAUAAAGUUUAAUAAAUCUAACAAGCACGAAGUAACUACAAAUAGGAAUAGAAUAAAACAUUUGCUCAUAACUCGACUCACACCUUUAUUGAAAGGUACGAUAACAUGUGAGAAUAAAUUAAUUUUGCAAGCUGAAAUUAUAAAAGUUUUACAAGAGUUACCAAUUUCUGUUAAUUGUGCACAUAAUAAAAAAUCCUUAUGUAAUAAAUAUGCUCAAGAUUUAACUGACAGACUAGUAAGUCUUCAAUUGGAUGAUAUAAAUUAUAAUCAUUAUGAUAUUAAUAAAACAAUAAGUCAAGAUCAAGUUUCAAAUAAUAACAGUAUCUUUAAAUAUGGCGAUGACAUAAAAAGAAUGAUAAUUGGAAAAGUAAGAAGUGUUUUGCAAAAUAACGAAAUUGACUCGUUUGAUAACAUUGAAGAUAGAAUAUCAAAUGUUUUAAUUGAUAAUCUUCAUUCACUUAAUUCAACUAAAGAUUCAUAUGCAAAAGAUGAAAUAUGCAACAUUUUACGAAACUGUCGCGAUAUACCUGAACUUCAGGCUUCUAACAUAGCUGUAUCUUUAGUUAAUAAAGCAAAACGCGCGGCAGAAGUAUUAUGUAAUACUACUCUACCAACUGGAUCUUUAAAGGAGCCUAGUCGUUCUAGAAGUGUUUUCAUUCUUACAUCGGAGCAUGAAAUUUCUCCACUCUCUAAUUAUCCCGUUACAUCUACUCCUAAACAAAAUGCUAAAGUUAAAGAAGAAAUUUCAAAGCUUAAUAACGAAGAAAUAAAAUAUAUGGGUAAAGUUCUAGAAGUUAUAAAGUCUUGGAUGAAUACACUACCUGUACAGUUUAAUAAUCCGGAAGACAAAAACUUUAAAGAAACUAUAAUUAAUGAUUUAGCUGGCGAUAUAACGGAUGAAGUAAAGUUAGAGCAAAUUGCCCCACAUACAAACACUGACAGAGAUUUAAUAAUAAAAUACUUGAUACUGAGAUGGUUAUUUAAAUUUGAUAUUUUUGGAGAUGUUAAUGUUUCGGAAUCCUAUUUAGAUGACUUCUUAACACGUUUAAGCGAAAUAACAGUACCUGAUAUGACUAAACCUCAACAUGGAAAUAGACAGGCAAUGGAUAAUAUUAAACAUAUGCACGGAGAGCUGGCUCGUAAGGAAUUAUUUGUACCUAAAGGAAUAGAUAUUUUAGAAGAUGAAAUCUCUAUUUGGAUGAACGAACAAUCGUCUGAUAUUUAUUUAAAGGAGAACAGAGACCACCGAAAUAAAAUUGUACAUGAAUUAGCACAAACUUUACGAAUUAAAUUAAAUAAUAAGCAAUCAGAAACGGAAAUAAAGGCAGACAUAGCUAAAUGGUUGAAUAAUAUAAUAGUACCUGAAGAAAAAAGAAACAUUGACAUAUUAACUAGCCAGCUCAAUGAGAGAGUAAUGAAAUUACCACAAGAUACAACUUUAGCAAACAAUCUACAUAAAAAAAUAGAACAGGAGGGUGUAAUUAUACAACCAACCAUCACAACUAAAACUGACGGUAACACUGAUGUACGAGAUACGCCAAUAUAUAGUGAAGAUGUUGAUAAGACUUUGAUGCAAUUGAUUAAUAAGUUCAUAGAGCAUAAUUUUGAUUCUGAAGAUAAUAUGGCAAAAGGAGCAUUUUGUCAACUACUGAAACUUGAAUUUAGAAAUUUGAGCCCACCCACCAGACAAGAAGUAUAUGAAAAUUUUGCAAAGUCUAGAACAUGUCAAAAUUAUCCGUUAAAGCGAUUAAAUAAAGAAUUACAAUACAUUAAAAUAAUAUCCGACUGGCUAAAGAAUAUACCAAUAGAUUAUUCUUACAAUAGACCUGGAAAUAAAAAACGAGUCGAAUUUGUGACUAAUUUAGCUAAAAAUAUAUGUGACGUUGAAAUGGACAGAACAGAAUCAUCUGAGGCUAUGGAUUAUAAUAUAUAUUUAGCUUCGAUUAUAAGUCAGUUUAUGGACCAAUUACCUUUUCUUCCAGAACAUGUAGGUAAUAUUAAGUUAAUUAUUGAUCAGUUAAUUUGUAAAGUAGUCGAAAUUCAGUCACCUUUAUCUUGCUGCCAAGAUAUUAAUCAAGAAGGAUCUUGUAAUGACGAUUCAAUAGAAGAACAGAAUUUGGAAGAUUUUAUAGAACAAUACAUAUAUAUAAAUAGCAAAGAUUUUGCUGAUGAUCAAGUAAAAUUAGAUGCUUGGACAAAUAGAGUACUGAAAGAAGUAAAGAAUAUUAUUCAUAAUAGUACAGAUCCAGCAAUGUUGUGUAAGUCUGAUAUAUAUAAUAAAUUAAGUGCGAUUCCCACGAGUGAAGACAAAAUUGUUAACAAUUUUGGCAAAGAAUUAACUUAUGCGAAAGAAGUAUCUGAUUGGCUCAAUAAUUUUUCUUUGCUUCCUAUUAAAAAUUCAAAUGAUAAAGAUUUGAGAAUUAACAUGAUUAGUGACCUAGCUAAAAAGAUUUCCGAAAUAGAUGAAAAGAAAGUUGGUAAUGAUGAACAGGUGUCAGAUAAUAGUGCGGAAUUAGAAAAUCUUGUUACAAAAUGGAUAUCGAAACUACCAGUUAAUAAUAGAAAAAAAUUUUCUAUGCCUGUAGCAGUACAACAACUUAUUAGAAGAAUAAACAGAGUAGAUAGUAAUAAACAAGCGUCUCAUGAUGAAUUAAAAAUGAAUAAUGACAACAGUAAUAAUAAUAAUACAAAUAAAAGUACAAAAAGUAAAUCCCACAAUAAAAUGUCCAAACAUGCGCUAAAUUGUAACAAAGUUUUAAAAAGUAAGAAUCCAGGUGAUUUGAUCCUAGAAUUGAUUGAAAAUUGGUGUCGUGGUCUACCAAUUGAAGGAGCCACUAAAGACAAAGUUAACGAAUUCAAAGAUGAUAUAGCAAAGAAAUUAUAUCAAAGGGUUGGAGAUUUAAAUCUAGAUCCAAGACUUUGUAAUGAUAACGAAUUAUAUCAAGACGUUCUUGAUGAUGAAAUCGACACAAUAUUAGAAAAUUUGCCUAGAACUACUGUUCUAAUGAAUAACUGGGAUAAACUUAAAAUCACAUUGAUACAAAACAUUGUGGAGGCAAGGAAAAUGAUAAAAUCAAAAUACAGUGGUGAAUAUUACAAACAACAACUUGAUAAUACUAUUGAAACGUCAAUACCAAUUCCCUUACAAAAUAAUCAAUAUCAAGACCCAGGAUUCGAAAUAUAUAAAAAACAUUUAGCUAGUAUGUUUAUAUUAGAAAAUUUUGACUGUGGAAAUGAUACGGAGAAGUUAAAAUAUGAAAAUAAAAUAAAAGAUGAGGUAGAUAAAUAUUUUUUAGAAGCGCAGAAACGAAACGCUGUGCCUAUAAGUAGGGAUAACUUAUACAAUGAACUUUAUAGUGCUUUGUACAAAGUUCCUAUUCCUGAUGAAAACUCUGUCAUAGAGCAAGUAGAAGAAAUUAAAACAAAAUGUGAAAUCGAAGACUGGUUUAAUAACUUGCCAAUGAAAGAAGUUGCUUCCUUUGAUGAACUUUUACAAUGGGACAAAAUAUUAUCUUUGUUAGCAAAAAGAAUACACGAAAUAGAGACCAAUGAAUCUACACCAGACAUAAAAAUUCAAAAAGAAAUAAGUAAAUGGCUGUCUCGACUACCUAUAAUUUCAGAACAAAGUGUUAAUGUUGAAAAAUAUGCUGAACAAUUGUGCACAACACUAAGAGCUACUAAAAACAGCAGGAAAUGUGAUCGAAAUAAAAAUAAUAGCUCCUCAAAAAGUCAUAAAGAACGGAAAAAGUCUAAAAACAAAGGUAUUUUAGAUACUAGUCAAAUUGCAGGUCCUAGUAGUGCUAGUAGAGUGUGCAGGACAAUGACAUCUUCUACACAACAACCUUGUUGCCAAAGUUUACCAGCCCCACAAAAAAAGGCUGCUGAUUUAAUUUUAGCAAUUGUUGAGAAUUGGUGUGCGGAUCUACCACUGUUUGUCAAUAAUAAACAAGAAAAUAUAGAUGUAAAUGAAAUAAAAAAUGAUCUAGUUACUAAAAUUAUUAUUAUAAUAAGUAAACUUAAUGCAGAUCCUACAACUUUCAGAAAUGAAAUACUAUUUAAUCAUUUUUUUGACGACGAAUUAGAAAAUGCAUUAGCUACGAUCCCAACGUGCUGUGUAUUUCAACAAAGUAAAGAAGCUAGAAAAAGUAAAUUAAAAGAAGUUCUGAACUCGGUUAAACCUUUAAUGAAAACGGAAAGAGAGCUUUAUGAAUAUAAAGAAGAACUUAAACAUACUAUAUCUAUAAUGUUAGAACAACCUGAAAAUAUAGACGCUAAUAAAAUAGCUCUAUUGAAUGACAUUAGAGAAGAUAUUUUGAAUAAUUUUAUUCAAUAUAGUUAUAAUAAAGAUGAUAUUGAGGAUAGACAAGUAUUCAAGUUCAAAGUCCAUGAUGCUCUACUAAAAUAUUUACAAGAUGUGGCUGAUAAUAAAGGAACAGAACAGACAAUCGAUCCUUUGAUACAACGAAAUCGAUUAUUAUGUGAAUUGUCAAAAAUACCGAUACCUAGUGAAGAAAUUAUUAGAGAAGAAGUGCUAGAAAUAAAGAUGAAAAAAGAAGUAGAGAAUUUUUUUAAUGAUUCACUACCAAACAAAUUAGAGGAUAAAAAAUUAACAAAACAAGUAGAGUCCAGCUUAGCAAAAAGGUUGCAUGAUAUAGAAAAAAGAGGUCACAACUGUGCCAAUGAUAGUACAAUGAAAGAGGAAAUAGUUAGAUCCAUAAAGAAGCUGGGAAUAGAAAUUAAAGCUAAAGAAAUUGAUGCUUUUGUGAAUAAACUUAAAGAUAAUGAAAUGGAUAGAAAAACAUCUCCCAUAAGAAAACCCGAUACUUCAGAUAGGGUAAUAAAUACAAAUCAAUUACUUCGGAGACAUGGCUACUCUAGUUAUGAAAACCGUAUCGGUGCAUUUGGAAAUUAUGAUCCAGCUGUACUGUCUUCAAAUGGUCAAAUAUUUCCUUACAUUCCUGUAAAUCUACCUCAAUAUAGUGAGCAGUGGCUAACAUUAGACUCCACAACCGCCAAUCCAAAUAUACUAGAUAUGUCAAAUAAACAAGUUAACAAAAUUACUAAUGAACAAAAUAUUCAGUUAUCACCUCAUAUUAAUGUCUUUAGACCUUAUUCAACAGAGCAAGUCUAUAUUCCAACCCCAACUAUGCAAACUUCUAAAGGAGAAUUUCAAGGGAAUCAAACAUUAAAUGCAAGUCCUAGACCUACGUCAGUUGUAGCAAAUCAAAAUCCUAUACCGAGAAUUAAUACCACAGACCCUAUCCAAAAUAUAUUUGUUUAUGGUCAAAAUAGUACUCCAAUAGUCAAUGGUUCGGGAAAAGAUUUAAGAACAACAAACUCUAUUCACGGUGUACAGUUCCCAAGAGGAAUGGCGACAACUGCUCAAAAUACAACUUUGUCCCUUCAAAAUAGAGUCGGAAUACAGGAAAAUCAAAAUCAAAAUUCUCAAGAUAGAUCGCAGAUAUUACAAAGUAGACCUUUAGCUGCAGCACCAGGUUUUACUCCUCAGUCAAAGAAAAGAAAGACGGAAAAUUAUGUAAAAGAAAAUCAUUCCUGUAAUUGUAUUGCUUCAAGAAAAAAUAGAAGAAAAUGUAUGUUUUCGAAUUGUUUGAAUUUUGGUCCCAUUUGUUGGAUGCCGUAUCCGCGGCCUGAUUUUUUUUAUUAUUGA